AAUACCUCACUAAUAAGAAAUAGAGCAACACCCAUUGUGCUUCCUUUCUUUUACUAGAGAGAGUAGUCCAAGCCUCUAAAUAUCUUGAGGGCUUUGUGUUGGAUCUGAUGGUUGAGCCUUUGUUCUUUGCGAGCCUUGCCUUUCUCUUUUUUGCUCUGCUGUGGAGUUCUUUGAUGGUCUAUCUUCGCACCUGGCGCUUCUGGCGCUUUCUUCCUUCCACCUUCCUCUUGUACUCGACUCUUCCCCGAUCACUCCCCAACAAAGGCUUGCUCGUCUUCGUCAUAGUCCAAACUCUUUCUCGUGUGACUGUGGUGCUUUCUUGAGCGAUGACUUGGGAGGGUUCCGGUCACCCCUACCCGGGCAGACAACCUCCCUCAUUCACAUCAGAAAUGGCAAAGAUUCCAUUUUGGAAAGUCAAUCUCUUUUUGUAUAGAUAUAAAAUAGCAAAAGUACGGUUCGGAGUCUUUUCUUUCUUAUUUGAAAUCCAAAUCGAAAUGCCUCAACUUGAUAAAUUAACUUAUUUCUCACAAUUUUUCUGGUUAUGUCUUCUCCUCUUUACUUUUUAUAUUCUCUUAUUUAAUAAUAAUAAUGGAAUACUUGGAAUUAGUAGAAUUCUCAAACUACGGAACCAACUGCUUUCGCGCCGGGGGGGCGAGAUCCGGAGCAAGGACCCUAAGAAUCUAGAAGAUAUCUCAAGAAAAGGUUUUAGCACCGGUCUCUCAUAUAUGUACUCCAGUUUAUCCGAAGUAUCCCAAUGGUGUAAGACCGUCGACUAUUUGAGAAAAAGGAGGAAAAUCACUCUGAUCUCUGAUUUCGGAGAAAUAAGUGGCUCACGAGGAAUGGAGAGACAGAUUCUCUAUUUGAUCUCGAAGUUCUCAUAUAACACUUCUUCCAGUCGGAUCACUUGUUGGAAAAACAUAAUGCUCACACAUGUUCCACACGGGCAAGGAAGCAUAGUAUUAUGAUGAAAAUGAAUGGAAUACUCGGCAGAAUUGUCAUAUUCCUAUUAAUGAUUGUGACAGCUUUUAUAGGAUACGUACCACCUUGGGGUCAGAUGAGCUUUUGGGGAGCAACAGUAAUUACAAGCUUAGCUAGCGCCAUACCAGUAGUAGGAGAUACCAUAGUGACUUGGCUUUGGGGUGGUUUAUCCGUGGACAAUGCCACCUUAAAUCGUU